AUGGACAGGCUCCCCGCGGAGAUCGUCGACCUCAUCUUCCGGAACAUCGCUAGCCCUGGAACCGGCCUGCGUCACAUCGCCCCGUUCCUCCGAUGUGGUCGACGAUGGUUCGAACACGCCGUCCCCUUCGUCUGGAAGAAUGGCAACACCAUCACGAGACUGGAAGUCAGCCAGUGGCAUGUCGAGUCCGCCCUCCCGGACUUCGUAUCAUUGCUGACGAAUCUCUCCCAACUCCGCGUCGACCAUCUGGCAUACCAUCACGACGAAGUCUCAGUUGUGCAGCCAGCGUGGGACAAGCUGACGUCCGCCAGCAUGUUCCGAAACCUGACGUACGGAUGUGACGAGUCUGCGAUAAUCAUACACGCCCUGUCCGACUGCCCAGAGCUGAGCAGGCUGCGCAUUACUAUAGAGCCGGCCAUCUCGAGCCUUCUGAGUCCCCUACCCCCAAACCACGCGGAUUGGUACAAGCGCCGAGGUCAACCCUUCAGAUCUCUCACCAAGCUCGACAUCAGACCAAUGAGAGAGUGCACCUCCCUGUAUCAAGAGCUCGCAACCAUGUCAGCCCUGAACUCGCUCACCGUACGGUUCAGGCCAGCCAUCAUCUCGCCCGCAAUCCUCACGUACCUGUCGAGAAUGACGCAGCUGCAGGAGCUCCGCCUGAUUGGAACGUCUCGCGGUGGACGGAUGGGGCUCUGGAGCCGUGGGACGUUCCCCCCCAACAACGCUUCGGAUGCGAUCAGAGAGGGAUGA